AUAAAUAAGAACGGCAGCACAUGAAAUCGGUCUCCACUUGAAUUUGCCAUUACGCAAUCCUCCGCCCCACAAUUGCCGUUGAGGGAGCGGAUCAUCUGUCUCCGUCCGCAAACAAACCACCCUCUCUUCCUCUCUUCUUCUUUUCAUCCAUCAGAUCUCAGAUACCAAUACCUCCAUUUACACACGAAAAGGUUCAUUUUAAAAUUUCUUUUCGAGAAUUUCACAUUUCUUUUCUUUAUUUUUUCAUUCUUUGAAGAGGAAGAGGGAGAAGAAGAGGACGGAUUCCAAAUGGAUGUGCCAAGCUCAUGGGACGCUUUACGCAAACAGGCAAGAAAACUCGAAGCUCAGCUGGAUGAGCAGAUGAAUUCAUACCGUAAGCUGGUUUCGGCAAAGGCUUCUGCAAAAUUUGAUGCUGUUGAUAAUGAUCUUGAAGCUGGUAUAGAUAGACUAUUGAAGCAACUCCAACAUGUGAAUUCACAGAUGCAAGCUUGGGUGUCAUCUGGAGGAUCAGAAAUGGUUUCUCAUACCCUGACUCGGCAUCAAGAAAUUCUUCAAGAUCUUACUCAGGAGUUUCAUCGUCUCCGUUCCAGCCUCAGAGCUAAGCAAGAACAUGCUUCACUCCUUGAGGAUUUUAGGGAGUUUGAUCGAACUAGAUUAGAUUUGGAAGAUGGUGUAGGUUCUACAGAGCAAGCUCUUCUGAGAGAGCAUGCAUCCAUUAGCCGAAGUACAGGACAGAUGGAUAAUGUGAUUUCACAGGCUCAAUCAACUCUUGGUGCGCUUGUUCUUCAACGUUCAACUUUUGGAGGAAUCAAUUCAAAGCUCAGCAAUGUGACCAGCCGCCUUCCAACGGUAAAUCACAUUCUCACUGCCAUAAAGAGGAAAAAGUCUAUGGAUACCAUAAUACUUUCCCUGGUUGCAUCAGUGUGCACUUUUCUUAUCUUUAUUUAUUGGUUGACCAAGUAAGAAUAUCAUGUUGUGCACCUAGAGGAUGCUGGUGGUGAACCAACCCCAUCCUUGACCUUUGAUGCUCUCUUUGAAUAAGGAGGGCUGUGGUUUUUUGAGGUCUUUGGAGAUAUAUUGUUGGUGGAUAAUUCGUUGUAUUUUCAUCUUUGUAAGAGUAAUGAUACGUCUUGUAAAUGUCGAUACAAAAUUUGUUUAGACAAGAUGGUUAAUCGGGGGCUGGAACUGAGACGUCCAAGGGGUUACUCUUGAACUGUCUGUGGCCUUGGAAUAACCAGGGUAUAUCAAAUAAGCUGCAAUUUGUGAUGCAUUGUUAUUCAUGAAAUGUGCUAUGAUUCAAAUUCAUUCCAA